CGGUGCGCCGCGGGGUCUUGUGGGAGGUGCCCUGGGCUCGCUCGGCGCAGGCGCAGUGCUACCGGGUGGCGGGCUGGGCGCAGGCCGGCGCGGGCUGGUGAGUCUGGGCGGCCCUUAGCAUCUCCGAGGUUUCUCGCGGAGAGACUGGGGCUCACAGGGGCACCCUGGGUCAGCAGGAAGAUGGAGAUCGGAGUGCGGGUGCGAUGGAGGCACUUGAACCUCCAAAUCAGGGGCCUCGGGAGCUAUGGUCCUGAAAAGAAUAUGCUGCCGAGAUUUGGCUGUGGAGGGUGGGAACCUUCCAGGUACUCUAAAGCACUCCAGCUGGCCCUGCUUAUCUCCGACUGGGGUUAGUGGCAUCUGCCGCCCCAGUGGCUCCAGGACCCCUUUCUCUUUCCGAGUCCAAGUUUGGCUCCACAACCCUGUGCCGGCCGCUCGGGUCUGAGCGCGCCCCCAGGUCUGGCCCGCGAUCCCUCGUCUCCCCACAGAGCAGUGUGCCCCGGGGGCCUCCCCUCUUUGGUGCCUCAGGUCUCCUGAUUUGCCAUUCCUGUGUCCAGUGGUCCCUAGCCUGAGUUCCUGCAGGUAUGUAUCCUGAGAGGUGCUUAGCGUUAACUUUGACCCCGGCUGGGUUUCCGGAGACUCUUGCUGGAGGGUACAGAGAUUUGGAGCCCAGGACAAAGAUGCCAGUCGAGGACAGGCUGUAGGAGCCAGCUUGUCCUGAGCCAGUAGGAGCAAGCCAUGCUGUAAUGAAUGAAGGCCGCAGCUCCACAGCAGCUGGAACCCAUCCUUGAGGGGGCACACCUGGGACCUGAGCCCUGCCAAAACUGAGCCAAGACUGGGGUGUGGAGGAAGACGGGAUUUUGGAGCUGCUGGGGCUGCAAGUCUUGGGUCACAUGACCACUUGCGGAGAACAGGGAGAGACCGCGGAGGUUUUGACUCAGAACAGAGGAAAGACGAGUUAGCUGAGAUGGUGAACCAUCUGCAGUGUGGAGAAAAGAAAGCAACAUAGGGCAGGAUGGUUGAGGGAAUGGUUCAGACAAAGCAGAAACAAUGGCCACUCUGGGAGCUACAAGGAAGGCUUGAUGUCUCAUGGCUUCCUUCUCCUCCAGCUCUGCCUCCUUAACUGCCUGACCUUGCCCAGGAGGAAGAAGAGAUGACCAGUUCCCAGGAACCUGUUACAUUCAAGGAUGUGGCCAUGGACUUCACUGAGGAGGAGUGGAGGCAACUAGACCCCACACAAGGGGCCCUACAUAAAGAGGUGAUGCUGGAAAUCUAUGACAACCUGGUCUUAGUGGCGAAGAAACUUGACGACUGUGCUGAAUGUGGGAAGAGGUUUAGUCGAAGCACAGAUCUUCGCUAUCAUCAGAGAAUUCACCCUGGAGAGAAACCUUUCAUAUGUGAUACGUGCGGCAAAGGCUUUAGUUAUAACACAAAUCUUCGUGUUCAUUGGAGAGUUCUACGGGAGAGAAACCUUUUAAGUGUGAGUGUGGCAAGGGCUCCCCUCAGAGCUCCAACCUUCGCAUCCAUCAGAGAGUCCACACUGGAGAGAGACUCUACACAUGUGAUAAAUGUGGUAAGGGCUUCAGUCAGAACAUAGAUCGCCAAGUGCAUCAGAGAGUCCACACAAACGUGAAACUCUGAAAACACAGACUUAUAUGCUCAUCUGAAAGUCCACAGAGGAGAGAAACUCAACAAGUGUGUGUGUGGUAAGAACUUCUUCAGUCAGAGCAUAGAUCUCCAAGUUUAUCAAAGAAUUCACACAGAGAAACCAUUAGAUAGGAUAGAUGCUGUAAGAGUUUGUUACCUUCAUCUUCAUCAGAUCCCACGUGGGAGACAAACCCUACAGGUGUGGAACGUGUGGUCAGAACUUCUAUUAGAGUGCAUCCCUCCCCCUUUACCAGAGUCUGUUUCUGCAACAAUUCUGUGAGCCCCAUGAGCGUCUCGUUACACAUGCUUUGCUCACCAUUUUGUCCCCAGCUCCUGACAUACUGCCUGUUACAAGUAGCUAUUCAACAAAUAUCUCUUGAAUGCAGAUCCACUUGGGAGAGAACCCCUUUAAGUGUGAUGUGCAGUAAAGACUUCACAGUCCACACAUUGAAAUACCGCACGGAAAAAUCCUGUGACAUGAAAUUAUGUGUCAAGCUCUGGACUGACAAGCUCCACAGAGGUUGAUUCCAUCACAAAGACGUUUAUGUUAGACAUAACCAAUAAGUAACCCAGCACCCGUGCCAAACAAGGUUUUCCUCCUGGAAAGAUGCCCCUUACCUGGCAGAGGCCCUUCUAGACUGAAAGCCUCCUGGCUCUAAUUGAGCAUCUUCCCGUCCAUCAUGUCACCAGGCUUCUGGGUGCCUUGCACCAUGGAUUAUAGAAGUCUCGAGGUAAGGCAUCUUCAGAGUAGAUGUCUGUAGAAGACACAGCUAAAGAAAGGGGCUGGGUCAGGAGAGGAAAGCAAGUCUGAAAGGAAAUGAUUAGAGGGAAAGGAAAAAGAACAGUGCGUAGGAGGGAGGUUGUGGGAUGGUGGGGGUAGAAAGCCCAGAGGCUUCUCCAAAGUUUCAAACAAGUGUGGUGACCCCAGUAUAGGGCUUUCCCUGAGUAGUCUGAGCUGAGUAGAGGGUGAGCUGUAGUGGGUAGAGAUGGACCCAUCAGCGUUAGGGCCAGUUGGGACCACAGGUGGAAAAGCUGCUGUGAAGGGCCUUGGAAAGCCACUCCAUGCUUCAUUGUUUCCCCAAGUGGCCCAAGUCAGGUGGGACCAUUAUCCCCCCAAUGGAAGGAGGGAUCCUAUAGGAAGGCAGUAAUAAGGCUGACUCCCUUCAGGAGGCAUAAAUUAAUCAGAGCCUGAGGGCCUGGCCAUGAAGCAGGAAGACUGGGGCCAGUGGAGGUUAGGAAGAGGUUAGGGACCCAGCUUCAUCAUUAAAUGUGAGUAAGGAAGAGAGCGGUUUGUCUAAAUUCUUUGUACUAUGUGCCCCUAGGCGGCCAUUGCAAGGGGAAGGAUAUCCACCAUUAGAGAGACUUUGGGGCUCUAGGAGGACUGUCAGCUGACCUGUCCAGAGACCAUCGGCUCACAUUGGGAGCCGGUGUUGGUAUGCCCAAGGGCUAUAAUGGCAACUGGCUUGUGAGAGGCCCUCAAAUAUUGAAUGAGGGUAUUAAUAAAAUUCCAACAACUCA